GCAGGGGAGGACAGGGGGGAGGGAGUGGGCUGUGGCUGGCACUGCGAGGGGGCGCCGGGCGCCGUCCCUGGCCCCUCCCCGCCGCGCCCCCGGGCUCCUCAGCUGCUGCUGCCGCUGCCGCCGCCACCGCUGCUGCUGCUGCGGCUGCCGCUGCGCCUCGGCUCGUGCGUGCGCUCCGCUCCAGCCGGACGCAGCGCGGGCAGGAGCCAUGCAGUCCGAAUCGGGGAUCGUGCCGGAUUUCGAAGUCGGGGAGGAGUUUCACGAGGAGCCCAAGACCUAUUACGAGCUGAAGAGUCAGCCUCUGAAAUGCAGCAGUUCCACGGAGCAUCCUGGGGCUUCCAAGCCUCCGCUAAGCUCCUCCAGUAUGACAUCACGGAUUUUGCUACGCCAGCAACUCAUGCGUGAGCAGAUGCAGGAGCAAGAGCGCCGGGAGCAGCAACAGAAACAGCAAGCUGCUCAGUUCAUGCAACAGAGAGUCCCUGUGAGUCAGACACCAGCUAUUAACGUCAGUGUCCCCACUAGUCUUCCCCCUGCCACCCAGGUGCCAAUGGAAGUCCUUAAGGUUCAGACCCAUCUAGAAAACCCCACCAAGUACCACAUUCAGCAAGCCCAAAGGCAGCAGGUAAAGCAGUACCUUUCUACCACUUUAGCCAAUAAACAUGCCAACCAAGCCCUGAGCUUGCCUUGUCCAAACCAGCCUGGGGACCAUGUCAUGCCACCUGGACCUGGGAGCAGCGCACCCAACAGCCCCAUGGCUAUGCUCACUCUUAACUCCAACUGUGAAAAAGAGGGGUUUUAUAAGUUUGAAGAGCAGAACAGAGUGGAGAGCGAGUGCCCAAAUAUGAACGCGCAUUCUCGAGCAUCGUGCAUGCAGAUGGAUGAUGUAAUUGAUGACAUAAUUAGCCUUGAAUCAAGUUAUAAUGAAGAAAUCCUAGGCCUGAUGGAUCCAGCAUUGCAAAUGGCCAAUACGUUACCUGUUUCUGGAAAUUUAAUUGACCUUUAUGGCAACCAAGGCAUGCCACCUCCAGGGCUGGCAAUCAGCAACUCCUGUCCAGCCAACCUUCCCAACAUCAAAAGGGAACUCACAGCGUGUAUUUUUCCUACAGAAUCAGAAGCAAGGGCAUUGGCCAAAGAGAGACAAAAAAAGGACAAUCACAACUUAAUUGAACGAAGGAGGAGAUUUAACAUCAAUGACCGCAUUAAAGAGCUAGGCACUUUGAUACCAAAGUCAAAUGACCCAGAUAUGCGCUGGAAUAAGGGAACUAUCUUGAAAGCGUCUGUGGACUACAUCCGAAAACUACAGCGAGAACAGCAGAGGGCAAAAGAACUUGAAAACAGACAGAAGAAACUGGAACAUGCCAACAGGCAUCUUCUGCUCAGAAUCCAGGAACUUGAGAUGCAAGCUCGAGCACAUGGACUUUCCCUCAUUCCAUCCACGGGGCUUUGUUCCCCAGAUCUGGUGAACCGUGUCAUCAAACAAGAACCAGUCCUUGAAAACUGCAGUCAGGAUGUCCUUCAGCAUCACCCAGACCUCACCUGCACAACCACCCUUGAUCUUACAGAUGGCACCAUCACUUUCAGCAAUAAUCUGGGAAACGGGACAGAAACAACAACUGCCUACAGUGUCCCCACCAAAAUGGGCUCCAAACUGGAAGACAUCUUGAUGGACGAUACUCUCUCUCCCAUCGGGGUGACAGAUCCCCUUCUCUCGUCGGUAUCUCCUGGAGCUUCCAAAGCAAGUAGCCGGAGGAGCAGCAUGAGUAUGGAAGAUACUGAUCAUGCCUGUUAGCAAACGUGUGAUCGGCCUUCUCAUAAACUGCUUUACUUCCUGAUCAGUAGAUUCAAUGAUUUUACCUUUUGGGGUUUUCUUGAUAAUUUUCCUUUAAUAUAAAAAUUUUUUCAUGCUUCAUCGAUAGCCCAGUCUAUAUUUUAUUUUUUAGAAUUUUGUGAAAAAGACAUAUAUUCUAUUUUAAAAUUACCAAUGCCUCCAAAGUAUUGUACAAGACAUGUACAGUAUCUGUGAACUGGAUUCACCGUGAACUUUAGAAUUCUGAGCAAUAGAAUUUUGAAUCAAAAUCAUGGCCAACUUUUAUUCAGGUGAAACUUGGUUUGAGACUUCAUGCCAGCUCUUUACUUGGAAAUGAAAUGCACGAGUUUAAUGGAAGAAUGUAAAGCAACCAAAAAGCCCUUUGCCAUUUUGUAAAUGUAUUGAUUUAUUAGUGCUGCCUUAAAAAUACAAUAUCCUUCCAGCAUUGUUUAGCCUUUAUACCACAGACUGUUUUAAGAGAUACGACUACACUCUUAGAGAACAACUCAUUUUUUUUCUUUUGCCAGUUGGUUAAGAAACAUUAUUGAUGGCUGUUUUCAGGGCGCAAGAAGAGGGGAGAGAUCCGGACUGCUAAAAUAGAAAGCUAGUUUUAAUCUCACUCUCAAUUUCUUGAUGCUUUUCUGAUCUUGUCUUCUUAAAUGAGUGUGGGUCAGCUUUUCAGGAGAAAAAUAUUUUAUUGUGGAAAAAGAAAUGUUGUACUUUCCAAGUCAGAUAUCAAGGAGCACUUGAAAGUUUUUUUUUCUUUUUAAAAAUUUUCUUUUUUGGGAGUAAAAACUAAACUGGGCACAUUUCUAAUUGGCUUUAGGACUUUAAUUUUUAAAAAAAAAUGUGUUGUAUUGUUAAUUUGAUUUGUAUGGAUUCUUUAUUCUCAUUAUUCUUUUCAAUACAUUUGUAUUCAUUUAUAAGGAGAUGCAUCAAAAAUGACAAGUUUUCAACAUUUUUAAAACUCACUGGUUUUCUGCAUUCUUUAUAAACACUUGAAUGGAAGAUUUUUUUGCAGGGUCCUGUGUUUAAAAGAGAGAUUUGAGAAUAUUUUGUAUAUUAUAGUCUCACUUGGAAAUGUUUUUAAAUGCAUUUAAGAUGUAGUAUAAAUAGAUUAGGUAAACAAGGCUUUAUAGACAAAAUAAACUUACAUAUUUAUUUUUAGUGAUACAAAAAAUAGAAAUAUUCUUGCAAACCAAUAACCGUAGAGUUAAUAUGCCCAUUACGGUCAUAGAAAUGGGGGGGUUUGUUUCAUCAAACUCACUGGCAUUUUUUUUAAGAGAGAGAUUACUAUAUCGGCAAAUUACUGUUACUUGAUAAUGUUGUUAAAAUUUUAACAUACAGCAAUGUUGUAAAGGUAGUUUCAGUGCAUUAUCUACUCAAGUGUAGUCCUAUGCAAUAACUGUAGCAUUAUCUGUAUUAUAUCAAGCCUAGAUGUUUGACAAAGAUGACAUAGGGUGUUACGAGCCAGGCUGACGAGUGGAAUUUCUCUAUAGCGGCCUCCAGUUUGGUUGGAAGAGGCAGAAAAGCUUAUCUCAUUCAGAAUGAAGUGCCUUAAAUAUAGGAGUAGUCUUCUUUGGACUAGCACUGACUGAAGUGUGACAUAGGAGAAAGUUUUCGGGUGUUUUUUUAAGAGUAAAAAGGAAGGAGUAGCAUGGUGCCAACGUAGACAUUAAGAGCUUCCAAUUUUCCUUCAGCCAUUUAAAAAUAUUAAAUAUAUUUUAGUGACAGUGCCAACUUUUUUCAUCAGGAAAACUUUUUUUCAGGAUGGUCUUAAAAAAAAGUAUUUAAAAGUCAAAUGUGAAUUGAUGAUGAAUGUGGAUCGAGGAUGUCAGUUACACUAGUGGAAAAAAAAAAUCCAUUGCACAUUUCCCAUGCACGUUGGGCUAGGAAAAUCCUUGGAAACAUUGAUGAUGCUAUCAAUUUUUAUAGCUUUAUUACUUGAGGGGGUAGGGAAAAACUUUCCCAUUCUUUCAACCCCCCCAUCAUUGUACAGCUCUUUUACUUAGGUAGCUACGCAGUUGCCGGUUUGUGCUUGAACUGCUAAUUGUACCAUAGGUAUUCAUUGAUACAAUCAUAGCAUUGUCCCUCUUUUCCUGUAUCUAUGGGGAGGGAGGGGGUAGAAACUGGCAAGGAUGAAGGUCAGAGUCUGCACUGUCAUUCGGCCUCUUUUCCUUAGCCAGUUUGGAGAAAUUCUAGCCAGCGUAUGGCUUGGGGUGGGGGGAAGGGGACUGCAUGGAGGACACUGGCCUUUGUAAUCUGACCAGCACUAAACAACCUGCUUGAAACGUUUAUUUAUAGACCGUAUGGCAUUCUGUACCACGACCCUGCCUCCUGCAGCCUCUGGGCAAUUAGUCAGUCAGUCAAGAAACGUUUAUUAAGCGCCUACCUUUCGCCAGGUGCUGUCAUAAGCACUGGAGCUAGUUGCUGGCUCCUCUUGGCCCUUGAUUGCAACAGGGCAUAAACCAGGUUACAGAAGAGAAAGAGAAGAGCCCAGGAGGAUGCGCCAGUAGUCUGGGGGUGGCUUUAUUUAUUUCUUUUUUGCCAAAGGGAGAGUGGAAUCAUUGCAGUUACUAGUGGGUCAGAGAGUCAGGAGUUUGGGGGCAGUGUGUUGUAGCCACGAGAUAAAGAUGCAGCCCACGGGGACAGUUGAUUGUGGUCCUGGGGCCCUUACUCUGAAAUGACCACAAUGCCAGACUUGUCCAGCCACCCCCUCAUAUUAGGGAUGUGAAAUACCCAGCAUUCUAAUGUUGCCAAAACCAUGUAUCCAACAUGACAAUGUAUAGUAAUGAUGUAGUUCUUUCUGUUUUUUUAGACAAUAAAGCAAUAAACUUUGCAACCAAUACCAAUUAAGAGAAAGCUGAAAAGAGACAGAGUCAAACUCACAGGAAUGCACUUACUUAUGUUUUUGAAGAAAAAUGCACUGGGGAGAAAGCUGAUAUAGAUGAUAGUACAUUAAAAAAAAAAAAGAAAAAAGAGAAACCUUUUCUUGAAAAAGUGACAAAUGACUGUCUCUUGCUGACGCUUGGUACUGUAAUGUGGAUAUAUUUACCUGCUGCUGACCACAGCAAUGCUUUGUGUGUGGUCUAUAGCACUGUCAACUAUGGGUCAAUAUUAAUGUAUCCAAUUGAUCUGUUCUUGAGAGACUGAUUAAAGCAUUUGGUUUUUCACAUA